AUCAUGGACACACCCUGACACAUGUGCCAUAUAUACUUGCUUUCAGCUGGAAGCAGUCAGCUUUAGAAGCAACAUCAGAGGUUUAAACAUGUGGGCAGAAAGUGACCUGUGUCCAGGUGUGCCGUGUCUUCAAAGCAGGACUGAGCCUGUGAAUGGUAAUGUAUACCGAAUGUACCAUGGCACCACUGAAAGAGCAGCAGAACAGAUCAAAAUCUCUGGCUUUCAGCCAUCUGCAGGUGGCAUGCUGGGACGUGGUGUCUACCUCAGCAGAGAUCUUAACAAGGCCAGCAGAUACCCACUUGACAAUCCACGUGAGAGAGUUGUUAUCAGAGUGAAGGUCAAUGUUGGGAGAGUGAAGAAGAUUGACAAGCAACCUCAUCCACUGCAGAAAACCUGGCAUGAUCACGGGUACGACACUGCCUGGUGUCCUCCGAACUGUGGCAUGGUGAAAAGUGGUCUUGAAGAAGACUGUGUUUGGGAUCCCAGAAGAAUCACUAUUAUUGAUGUAAUUCCACCAAGCCUUCAAAGCGAGGAAAAUCCAGUUGAAGGUAAAGACUACACAAUGUUUUAUGGUACAUCUAAAGAAGAAGCAGAAAAAAUAAAAGCUAAUGGCUUUUGUCAAUCUAAUGACAUUCUUGGGCCUGGAGUCUACCUCAGUCGAGAUUCACAAAAGGCCUUUAAAGUCCCUACACAUGUUCCUGAACAGCAGAGAAGUGUUCUGAGAGUGAAAGUUAAUGUUGGGAAAGUGAUACAGAUUGAUUAUCUAGGUUAUCUGAUGCAAACAAAUUGGCAUGGUCAAGGUUAUGACUCUGCCUGGACCAUCCUAAAUGGUCUUGAGCAAGACUGUGUUUGGGAUCCAAGACGAAUCACAGUCAUUGAUGUAAUUCGUCCAAUGGAACACCUUUCAUCGUGGACACACCCUGACACAUGUGCCAUAUAUACUUGCUUUCAGCAGGAAGCAGUCAGCUUUAGAAGCAACAUCAGAGGUGCAAACAUGUGGGCUGAAGAUGACUUGGGUCCAGGUGCUCCACCAUGCCUUAAUAGUUACAUAGCACCAGUAGAGGGUAACAUCUACAGAAUGUAUCAUGGCACAUCCAGGGAAAAUGCUGAAAAAAUCAAAGUCUCUGGUUUCAAGCAGUCUUCUGGUGGCAUGCUUGGACGUGGUGUCUACCUCAGCCGAGAUCUACAGAAGGCCUCCAGAUACCCUCUGGAGCUCCCUGAGAGCAAGAGAGUGGUUCUGAGAGUGAAGGUCAAUGUUGGGAGAGUGAAGAAGAUUGACUGUCAAGGUCAUCCACUGCAGAAAACCUGGCAUGAACACGGGUACAACACUGCCUGGUGUCCUCCGAACUGUGGCAUGGUGCCAAGUGGUCUUGAAGAAGACUGUGUCUGGGAUCCACAACGUAUCACAGUCAUCGGUGAAAUUCGCCCAAGAACACAAGGAGCUCAGGGUGCCUGUCAACAAUAUUUUUAUCCAGGUGCAAACAUGUGGGUUGAAGAUGACUUGGUUGGAGGAGCUCCACCACGCCUCCAGAGUGACAAAGCUCCAGCAGACAAUAAUGUCUAUACAAUGUAUCAUGGCACUUCCAUGGAGGCUGCUGAAAAAAUUAAACGUGAGGGUUUUCGUCCAUCUGCUAAUGGCAUGCUUGGACCUGGUGUGUACCUCAGCCGAGAUCUACAAAAGGCUUUCAGGGUGCCCAUGCCAAUGCAUCUACUACCUGGGAGGCAGCAAGUGAUUCUGAGAGUGAAGGUCAAUGUAGGGAAAGUCAUAAGGAUUGACCGUCAAGGUCAUCAACAUCAACGUACCUGGCAUGAUGAGGGGUACGACACUGCCUGGUGCCCUCCAAACUGUGGCAUGGUGCCAAGUGGUCUUGAAGAAUUUUGUGUUUGGGAUCCAAAACAAAUCACAGUCAUUGAUGAAAUUCGCCCAAAUCAAGUGUGUGCAUAA